AUGGAAUUGGAGGAGGGGGCAGAGACAGCAAUUCGGCCAUAUCCGAAAGGCAUCCAUCCCUUCCACCAUCGUCGCCGACCCGGCCCGGCGGUUUCUCGGAUUCCGCGAAUAUAUCCUAUCCAGCAAAUCCAUCCAUCACCCGGCCAUCCCUCGCCCAUAAAUUGCACGCCCCCGAGACGUUUCUUGCCACCGUGGAGUUCGCCCAGCUCUCUCUCAUCUCUCAUUUCCUUGGCUACGUACUUCUUCCACCUCCCCCUCUCUCCCACGCACCUCUCUCUCAGCGCUUCGGCGAUCGGAGCAAGCCGCUUGUUGGGUUCUUUGCUUGGCAUGCCUAGGUGCACCUCGUCGGUCAAUUACCAAACGGAGACAGCGGCCAUGUCGGAGCUCAUCUGCAACGGCUGCUUCAGCCUGGUGCUCUACAACCGCGGCGCAGCCAACGUACGCUGCUCCCGAUGCAACAUGCUCAACUCCACAAGAUCAGCGAGCCAGUACGCCCACCUGAAGUGCGGUGGCUGCCGGACGACGCUCAUGUACCCGCCGGGGGCCUCCACCGUGGGGUGCGCCACGUGCCACCACGUCAACCCCGUCAGAGCCCAGGGCUCCUCGGCUCCUCCGGAUGCCCAUGCCCGGCCUCAGACAGUUCUCGUGGAGAAUCCCAGGACAAUGAACGACAAGGGCAAACUGGUCAGCAAUGUGGCGGUCGGUGUCACCUCAUGGAAAAGAUGA